AUGGGGUUGUUAUCUAAAAUCAAAUUGGAGGCCAAGGCCUCGUCUAUUCGGCCUGCAGAACCGGCUGUGCCAAUAGGAUCGAAGCCCACCAAGAAAUCGAUUUACGAGUCCAGACUCAACGUCGGUACCAACUUUGGCAGUCUUUUUGUGCUAGAAAGCUUCAUGUUUGGCGAUUAUUUCAUUGAUGGAGCUUCUACCGAACUGGAAGCGGUCAGAAAUCAGGUCAAGAAGAACGGAGUGGACAAAACCAGAGAGCUUCUGGAGUCACAUUGGUCAGGUUAUGCUAGCAAUGAGGACUGGGACUGGCUCAAAAACGCAGGUGUGAACUCGAUUAGAAUACCCCUUGGCUAUUGGCAUGUUGAUGGAGGCAAAUUCGUGUCCGGGACCAACUUUGAGGGUGUGAAGGGAGUUUACUCGAAUGCCUGGAAGUACUACACUGAUCUCAUCAAAAAGGCUGGUGAGUACCAGAUUGGGAUCUUGGUGGAUCUACACGCGUUGCCAUAUGGUGCAAAUGCUCAGGAUCAUAGUGGUGAGAAAUUGAGCAAAGCAGGAUUUUGGUCCUCGAGCCAUAUUGCCAAAGGGCUGGAGGUGGUUGAGUUUUUGGCCAAGGAAUUAGCCCGGUUCGAAAACAUUUCUGGCCUGCAGAUCGUGAACGAAACUGAAUUCGACAACGAGGCUAAGUACCAGAAGCUGUAUUACUCGAAUGCCAUAAACGCAAUCAGAGAGCACAACGGAACCGUUCCAAUUGUGAUCUCUGAUGGCUGGUGGCCAGACCAGUGGGUCAAGUGGAUUUCCUCUAACUCAUCCAAGGGAAAUCUUGGUGUGGUCAUUGACGCUCAUGUUUAUAGGUGCUUCUCGGAUGAUGACAAAUCCAAGUCAGCUGACCGCAUCAUCGACGAUCUUGAAGGUUCUGUGUUAACAAACUUGUCAGCCAAAGCAGACAUCAUGGUUGGUGAGUUCUCGUGUGUUCUGGAUGGCCAGACCUGGGACAAAACGUCUGGCGAUCGUAACGAACUAGUGAAGAGAUAUGGGAAGAGGCAGAUUGAAUUGUUCAGGCAAAGAACUUGUGGGUACUACUUCUGGUCUUACAAAUUCCAGCACGGUGAUGGAGGAGAAUGGGGAUUCAGAGCAAUGUGUCCCAAUGCUAUUCCACAAUACCGUCUCAAAGGCAUCCCAAGCGAAAAUGACAUGCAAAAUGAAUUGAACUCAAAGUUGAACGAUCAUGCAAAUUAUUGGAACUCACAAAAUUCCAACGAGAAAUACGAGCACUGGAGAUACGAAGACGGCUUCCGCAAGGCUUACCAGGACUCCGUUGAAUUUGCAAACUUCAAUGCCAGCCAAAUUGGAAGAAAAGUUGCCUGGACUGAUGCCCGAAAGGCUGAUCAUAUCAAAGCGAAAGGAAACAGUAACUUUGUGUGGGAAUGGGAGCAGGGCUUUGAGAGUGGGCUGGCCUGGUUUGUGUCUGUUGCAUUUGAUUAG